AUGGAGGCUGUACUGAUAACCGGCCGCCAGCUGGACGACGAAGAACUAAUGUGGCUACCCCAGAGACUACGAUACAAUCCAAGCAACAUGAAGCGAGCUCGAAUCACCCUCGUCGGCGAGAAGGCCACCAACCAAAAGCAGCGCCAUGCGAAAGCCCCCAUACGCGUCAACAUAUCUCCCAUCCUCCACGAACUGGAGUUUCAGAUCACUUCAUUACCACCUCUACUCGCAGGGCACCUGCCCGACGCUACAUCCCGCCUCGGCAGUAUAGAAUUCUCCAGUACACACGCUGGACGGUUUUGCGUUGACUGGAAUCAGCACCAUCCCGGAAUACUUCAAUGCAGCAUCUCAGCAAACCUACAACCCGGAGACUAUGGUAUGAUACAAGAACGGACAGUUCCCGAUGUCGACCUAGAGUUUGAGUCAAGAGAUGCUUGCAUGACCACCCCACUUGAACAGCUGUACGAGUCAGAAAACGUCCUGCUCGGCGUUAUUGAAACGGCUCGUCUCAAGGCCUGGAUUUCCGUUUCUAGGGAGAUAUUCAUUGGAAGAAGUCGCUUUGAGUUGAACAUCGAUGCAAAGCUCGUGACGCUAAAGAACAACAAGGAGUCAAGUGCUCCUCCGACGCGGAUACGAGACAUGUGGGCGAAGCAAGUACCGUCACUUGUAGGGGUGGGUGAUGGGCCACUACGGCUACCGCAUCGCCAACGAGAUCAAGAACCACCUGCGAAAGAGGAAAGGAAAGAGAGAAAGAUCAAGGCGUCCAAUGAACAUGAUUGA